AUGGCGUACUAUUUGAUAGGUGCAAUCUUGGUCAUCUACUAUAACAUAGCAGCCAACAGUUUACCUAUUCCGUACGUAACUGAGCACCUUGAAGAAAGCCUGGAGGACGUAUUGAAGAAGGGACAAGGUGCGAGGGGUGCAAUAAUACCAGAGAGCGUAAAGGCAAGUACAGAUGCUAAGACAAACGUUUUUAAAAUUGUCAAAGAUUUCAUCGGUAAUGAAGAUGACGUCAAAAGGACAUUAUUUUUUUGUAAAGAAGGCUUGUGCAAAAUUCUUAGCGAUGAUGACUUGAAUGCCGAUGACACUACGACUGACGGUAUAAUAAAAGCUCAAAGAAAAAAGUUAACGAAGAAAAUUUCCGAGGAAAAAAUUAAAGAAAUUUACAAAGCAAAAGAAAGCGAUAUCCUUACCUUUGACGCCACGCAUGAUCGGAGCCAAGAGGAAGGAAAUCCCGGGGGUAACGAUAGGAUAAAGUCAGCGCCUAAAAUGAAAUUGGAGAGCAUAUUCAAAGGGCACAGAUACGUUAAGCUGAAGCAGAAUACAGACCCUUUCGACGUGACAAUGACAACCCCAGUUCUUCCCAAAUUGAUAAAAUUCAAAUUCGCCAAGACGAGGGUGCCCAUCACAACUACCAGCAAAUUAAAGAUUUUAUAUCAAGACACUAAAGUACUCAUGCCCGAAACUCUGGAUGAAAUGAUACGGCAAUAUCAAAUGUACCCUGGAGCGGGUUGUAUGUAUGUAAAAGGUUGUGACGGAAAUCCUAUCAAAAUUGUGAAGUCGCCGCAAGCUAUGGCGCUCAUUGCUAAAAUCUACAGAGAGGUUUUGGAUAAGCCGGAAGGGCACCAAGUCAUAAACUUCUACCUCCAGAAGUAUGAGCCUCAGCACAUUUAUGUCGAAGACGAUCAAUAUGUCGCAUCCAAGAGAUCGACCAUUUCUACAACUUCACUUACAGUGAAUUCUGAAUGCUUUAUGUAUUAG